UCUCAUUAGAUAGCCCGGCGUAUCGACAAGGCGCAUGCUCCCCACUUCAGCAUGACUUAAAUCAAUGCUCUUCAAAAAGUAUCGGAUAAUCCGUGCUUUGGCUCACGGAUAACGUUACAGAUGUGAUUGCCAAUCUGACAGAACACGCUUCAAACCAACAUUCCAGGACAGUAUGCAGAAAUUACUCAAGUUCUUUGCUUGGAUAAUAUUGUUUUUAUACUUAACUCUUCAAUUUGCCAAGGCCUCAAUCAAGGACAAAAAUAAAAUUCAACUCGACGGGAAUAUGAUUUUUGGAGGACUUUUCCCAAUGCAUGAAAAAGGACAGAGUGGUAAAGACUGUGGGACUAUAAAAAAAGAAAAGGGAAUACAAAGACUGGAAGCCAUGUUGUUUGCAAUUGACAAAAUUAACGCAGAUGAAAACUUAUUACCAGGAAUCACAAUUGGGACUCAUAUUCUGGACACGUGUAGUUCGGACACUCAUGCUCUUGAGCAAUGUAUGGACUUUAUAAAAGCUCAACUGACCAGCAUUGAUAUGACUGAUUACCAGUGUGACAACGGAAGAAAUCCUGUGUACACCCCUAUUAAGCCUGUGGUUGGGGUCAUCGGGGCUGCGGCCAGUACUGUUUCUAUCAUGGUAGCCAAUAUUCUCAGGCUCUUCCAGAUACCCCAAAUUAGUUAUGCCUCUACAAGUAUUGAUCUUAGCGACAAAUCCAGAUUUGAGUAUUUUUCACGAGUUGUGCCCCCUGAUACUUUUCAAGCCCAAGCAAUGGUGGAUAUAGCAAAGGCUUUCGGCUGGAAUUACGUCAGUACACUUGCUGAUGAGGGAGACUAUGGUGUGAAGGGAAUAGGGGCCUUUAAAGAAAGAUCGACAGAAGCCGGAAUAUGUGUUGCUCAGUCUCUAACAAUUCUUCGAGAUGAUACAGACUCCAGAAUUGAGCAGCUAGUACUAGAUCUGUUAAAGAAUGAGAGAGCUAAAGUUGUGGUCAUGUUUGCCAACGAAGACAACGCCAGAAGAGUACUUAAAGCGCUAAUGAAAUUAAACAAAACGUCUGAAUUAACAUUUCUUGCCAGCGAUAGUUGGGGAGCAAAAAUCCACCCUGUCAAAGGUCACGAGCUGGCUGCAAACGGCGCCGUUACAUUGCUUCCAAAAAGGCAUGUGAUCAAAGAUUUUGAUGAAUACUUUAUCAACCUUACAGUAAAGAACAACAAAAGAAAUACUGUGGAUUCUGGCAAAGUAAAUUUACAUAACUUUAACACCCGAAUAAAACAAUGUUCAGGAGAGGAAUACAUUGGAAUGAAGGGGGCUCCAUAUAACCAAGAGGGCUUAGUCCAAUUUGUUAUUGAUUCCGUUUAUGCGUUAGCGCAUGCGCUACACAAUUUGUUAUCAGAUCAAUGUAGUGUUCCAUUUCAAAACUGCACAACAACUGCAGUUACAUCUGGUGAAGAAGUCUUAAAGUACAUUCGAAAUGUUUCCUUCACAGGAGUAGGGGGAGAUUGGGUAGAGUUUAAUAAAGAAGGUGAUGGACUUGGAAAAUAUGAUAUUUUUCAAUAUCAGCAAGCCUCCAAAGGUCUUUAUAGCUAUGUUCAAGUCGGAGAUUGGAUAGACAGCCUUCGUCUCAACGAAUCAAUGUUGAAAUGGAAAAAGAAGAAUGUUCCAUAUUCUGUAUGCAGUGAACCAUGUUCACCAGGGUUUGCGCGUCUUGAGAAAGGAUUAAAGUGCUGCUGGGGUUGUUUUCAGUGUGCAUUUAAUCAGUAUUUAGCGGACGAGUAUACAUGCAAAGACUGUCCAGAGGGAUCAAAACCCUCCCAAAACCAAUCAGCAUGCACGCCACUUCCGGUCCUCUCGCUAGAAUGGGGGACAUUUUGGAUGCUACUUCCUAUAGCUUUCACGAGUAUUGGCGCGGUAUUGACAGUAUUAGUGAUUGCAGUGUUCAUACGUUACAAUGAGACUCCUAUAAUAAUGGCAUCUGGAAGAGAAUUGUGUUACGUUCUUCUCGUUGGAAUUCUUAUGUCUUAUGGAACAUCUUUAAUAAUGUUAGUUCGACCGACAUUUAUUCUUUGUACGUUGAGAAGGUUAGGUCUAGGUGUGUCUCUGUGUUUGAUAUAUGCUGCUAUGUUGACGAAAACUAACCGAAUCUACCGAAUAUUCAAUAAUGGUAUCAAAGCCAUGGUCAAACGUCCAAGUUACACGAGUCCAAGAUCGCAGCUUGUGAUCUGUUUCGGUAUUGUUUCUGUACAAAUAGUUGGAGGUAUAACAUGGUUAGGUUUUGAAAAACCAGACACGGUAUUUGUUUUACAAGAUCAGGAUUAUUUGGUGCUAAAAUGUAAAGCUAGUAAAACUGCAAUCAUAGUUUCUUUGACUUACAAUAUAGUUUUGAUUAUAAUAUGUACUGUGUAUGGUGUGAAAACCAGAAAGAUACCCCAAAAUUUUAACGAAGCGAAGUGCAUAGCAUUCACUAUGUACAGUACAUGCAUUGUAUGGCUAGCCUUUAUUCCAAUAUACUUUACAGCAAGUGGUGGAGAUUUUAAGAUUGAAGUAACAUCUCUCUGUAUGUGUGUAAGCAUCAGUGCAACAGUUGCACUAGUGUGUAUAUUUGCUCCGAAGAUAUACAUAGUUUUAUUGCAGCCACAUAAGAACGUUAGGCAAGGAGCGACAACUUCUUUGAAAAGCAAUCAUCCGACAUUAGCACGCAUCAUCUCCGAGCGAACGGACUCUCUCGGACCCUUUCCAUUCCAAAAUGGCGGAGUUUAUACUCAUCCUAAUCAGACUACGCAAACAACGCACACGACAAUCAAUGACGUAUUCAGCGAGGACCUCGAUGACUUCUCCUGUGAUGAUGCAACAGGUGACGAUGAAUCGAACGGACAAUUAAAUCCUCCCAUGGAAGUAGAUAUUUGAGGAUUGAAUAUUUAGGCUUCAAUUUACUUUUUAAUAUCAUUAUUACAUAGCUCAUCAUAUUUUCUUGAUAAUUUUAUUAAUUAUCUUUAAUUUAUGCAUAACUUGAAGAUGACCUUGUCAAAAAACUCAAGUGUGUUUUCCUAAGCAAUGAGUGUUCGUCGGCCAUUGGUCUGUCUGUCUUUGUGUUGAUUGUUCCUUGAACUUUUGCCAAAACAACUGGGUAAAUUGAAUCAAACUUGCAAUUACUUGCACUAUUGAUAAAGGAAAUGCAUUGUUUUCUUUUAAGGACUAUUGUCUUUUUUAAGGGUAGACAAUUUUCAAAAAGCACACGUUUGCUGUGCUUCUUAAAAAAUUCGACAGAAGGAAAAAUUGAAGAAAAACAAAAAUUAUAUGCACACAUUUUUACAAGUGAAAGAACUAGAAAAAAAACCUUAAAGGUUUCUUUCGGAGAAGAAAAGGCGUGAUUUGCCCUACACUCAUUAAUUUAAAGCAUUAGUUUAUUGAUCAUAUUUAAAUUGGAAAAUGCAUAGUAGGCUUUUUUGUUCGCAUUUCCUAAAAAUUUAUUUGAGAUUUACUAAUUUUCUCUAUAUAAUAUAAUUAACUUUCAAAACGAAGUCUGAAGUAUUCUCGUGGGUAAAAACACGUUACUUAGAGAAUUCAGAGACAAUUUUUGUGAACACUUUCCAUUAGUCAAUGUCCAAUUUUCAGAACAUUAGGAUCGGAGAACCUUAAUGUCGAUUUCUCAUUUGACCUUAAAUUGCAACAUAAUAGGAUUUCAUUAUCUGUGAAUGCAUCGUUUAUUGAAUUUUAAAACUAUUAAGCGCAGCAUCUUUGAAAAAUCGUGAAUGAGCAACGUCGAUCCCGAUUAAAAGUAUCAUAUGCAUAUCUUCUUCUUUUUUUUUUACACUCACUCAAUAAUACCUCUUCACUUUCGCAUUCAAGAUCAUGCACUAAGAUAUUCAUACACACAAGCGCAUUUCUAACUCCCGCCAAUUCCUUUGCUGGGGAUUAAAAAAUCUAAGAGUUCUCCAGAAACCCAAAACUUUAUUUAUAAAAGGGGUCCGGCUACAGACAGAUGUUUCUUAUGAAGGGCGCCCAUUUUUUUUUCGUUACAAGGUACAUGUAUCUAACUCAAUUUCAGCUACACUUACCUUAAACUCGUAUUUUAUUAAUAUAUCAAUCAUAAUCCCACUUUGAAAAGACAAAUAUCACUUUGAGAUAUUUAAUUUUUUCCCCAUAAAUCGUUGCAGACUUCCUUGGUCACGCUUCAUCAUUGUAAACCACUUAAUUUAAUUCCUCGAACGUUGUCUUGACAUAUUUUAAGACUCUACACGGGAUACAGAAACUUACGGUUAGGGUUACGAUAUUAGAUAAAAUUAGAGACUUUCGUGUUCUUCAUUCUGAAGUGUGGCUGACUCAAACUGGAAGUUGGUCCUGUCUAAAGUUUUAAAAUGCCGUAGGGUUAUUUUAGAGGAAUAAAUGGUACCUUGUGGUUAAUUUAAGUAGUGGGUGCCCUUUUCUUCAAAUAAAGUGCCAGUGUUCCAGGCACGUAUUAAAAUGAAAAAAACAAUAACCCAAGCAUUUUCAUUCGAAUAUGUAUCCGAUUGUACUGGUGCUGCUAUUCUUGCCAAAGUUCACUCAUUCUUCAUCAGUCAUGCAUACCUAGCAAAAUUAUGUAAAUAUACGUUACAUUCCCCGAACUGUCUUGUCCUUAUACAACUUUUAUGCUAUAAAAUCAAUGUUUGUUUUUUGUUGUCGGUGAAUAUGACUAUUAUUUGUUAAAAUUAAAGAUGUACAUGUAUGGAAGCUCAGGAUGUGUUUGUUAUAAACUUAUGUUACUUUUACUUUUGAAAAGAAUAUCGAAUUCAAAUAAAUUUAUAUUUGAUUAUUGGAAAUAUAAUGAUAUAUACCAUGCAUGGUUGCCCAUAAAGUUUGUAGACAAAUGCUUUAUGUUUCUUAACAAUGACCUUACUGCUAUACGUGUAGAAUAAUAAUUAAGCAAUGAAUUAUUAUUUUUUUAAGACGUAGUCUUAUAACUGCAACGGUGUGUGAAAACAAAUUAAAUAACGCGCGUUAUGAAAAUUUAUUUGCAUACACCUUUGCAAUAAUGAGACUAUAUCUUUCCAAAAUAAUGAUUCAUUGCUUAUAUUCACAUUAAUAACGCACGUAAUUUUUUAACUUCGUCUUGAUUAUUUUAAUUCAUACCACUUUAUCUAAAAGUUUAUAUCAUUUUAACCCUAGACUUUGAACACCAUCUUUGCAAUUUAAAAUCGCAAUUUGAACCAAACUAUGGAAGUUUGAAAAAAAAAUCAAAAUUAAACUUUUCUGUUUAGCUAUAGAAUGUUUUUGGUAAUACAAUAAACAUGAUAAAUUUAUCUAUAGCCAUUCGUUUUGAGGGAAAAAGUCAUAGUCCGAAAACUCAGUGGACAAUUCUCGUUUAAAUGCAUAUAUAAGAAAUGUUCCUAAGUAUUAUUUAUGUAAAUACUUAUUAAAUAUAUUUGUCUGUCUCAGUUUUUUUUUCUGUAACUUUGUUUUCGGGAAUGAGACAUUAACUUAAUGAUGCUCUUAGCACUGGAUUUUAUUUUGGGGCUCUGGAAUUUGUUUUUGAAUAAAAGUGUGCAUAUUAUUGUCCAUAUGUAUCUUAUUCAGAAAAAAAGUUUUAAAAGUUGAUCAUGAAUUACUUACAUCGAAAAUACAUAUAAAUAAUGAAAUUGCAUAUUUAUCGUAGUCUAAUAAAUUGCCAGGAAUAAACUUCAAUAUUUUUUUUUUUUUUACAAUUGAUUUCUAUGGAAACCCAUG